UUCUUCAUACCUGCGGCGAGCGAGCCGGGGAAGAUCCCACUCUACUCGGCCGAGUUUUACGCUGCUUGCACCGCCGGAGGGAUUCUAAGUUGUGGCCUCACCCACACUUUCGUGACGCCAUUGGACAUCGUCAAGUGUAACAUGCAGAUUGAUCCGAAGAAGUAUAAGAGCAUAGGGACCGGCUUCUCCAUCAUCAAACAGGAGCAAGGUCCCAAGGGCCUGUUCAAAGGCUGGGGGCCGACUCUCAUCGGCUACAGCGCACAGGGAGCCUGCAAGUUCGGGCUGUACGAGUUUUUCAAAAAGUUUUACGCUGACAUGGUUGGAGAGGAAGUCGCCCACGACUACAAGACAUUCGUCUACCUGGCCGGCUCAGCAUCCGCGGAGUUCUUCGCCGAUAUCGCUCUGUGCCCGUUCGAAGCGAUCAAGGUCCGUGUGCAGACCAAGCCCGGCUUUGCUAACGGACUGAGGGAUGGGUUUUCGAAGUUUGUGGCACAAGAAGGAUACGGCGGGUUGUACAAGGGACUUGCGCCACUGUGGGGUCGACAAAUUCCCUACACGAUGAUGAAGUUUGCUUGCUUCGAAGGCACGGUGGAGGCCCUCUACAAGUACGUCGUCCCGGUACCAAAGGAGAAAUGCUCCAAGCUCACGCAACUGGAAGUUAGCUUCGCAGCCGGAUACAUUGCUGGUAUUUUCUGUGCAGUAGUUUCCCAUCCGGCAGACAAUCUCGUCUCCUUCCUCAACAGCACCAAAGGCGGAACAGUCGGCGACGCUAUUAAAAAGAUGGGACUCGUUGGCUUGAUGACCAGAGGUCUCCCUCUCCGGAUUGUCAUGGUCGGGACGCUGACAGGAGCACAAUGGGGGAUCUACGACGCCUUCAAAGUUUUUGUUGGAUUGCCUACAACAGGUGGUGCAGCACCGACAGCACCGUCACCACCUAAGCAGCAAGAUAAUGAGAAAGGUCGCAAAUAAAAAAGAUAUGUUUUGUUUUGA